UUUAUGCCAUCAUAGACCUAAGUUUAGUUUUCCUCUACUCUCCCGUGCCAUUCUUCCGCCACAAUACGCUUCCAGUUCAGCCGCGUAAUUCUUCUCCGGUUACACCCUAACCGUCUGCCUCCGUCUCCGGUGACGCUGCCGCCAUACUGUCACUCCAGUCACACACACUUUCAUCACCCGCUAUCUCUCCUUAAACCCUAAACCCUGAAAACCUUGUUCAAUGGAUUCAAUGGAUUUCAAGGCGAGUGAACUCUUGAAAGAAGUUCAAGUAGAUGAUUACUCACAGAUUUCUAAACCCGUUGAUGACGCCGUCGCCGCUAUCGAAUCUUCCAUAGACAGUAUCCCUGAUAACUAUAAUGUUACUGCUGAUUUGGCACCGAGUUUUGUUAGGGAUAUUGGUGCUGAUAAAGUGGAGUUCAAAUUUAAGAAACCAUUGGUUAUUCAAAAGGGUGGUAGUUACUCUAUUGAGAGUCUUGCUAGGCCUGAAUUAAAUUUGGAUCUUAUUAUAAGGUUACCUAAGGAGUGCUUCCAUGAGAAGGAUUAUUUGAACUACAGGUACCAUGCCAAGAGGUGUCUUUAUCUCUGCUUGGUGAAAAAGUAUUUAGAGAAAUCUCCAUCUAUUGGUAGGGUUGAAUGGUCUACCCUGCAGAACGAAGCUCGAAAGCCUGUAUUGAUUGUGUAUCCAGCUGCAAAGCUUGUUGAUGUUGAUGGUUUUUUUGUGAGAAUUAUUCCAUCGGCCAAGGAUAUCUUUAGCAUACCAAAGUUAAACAUGACGCGUAAUAACAUUCAUAAUUCAAAGAAUGAAGGAAGUUCCGUUCAAGCUACACCAAAGUAUAAUUCUAGUAUUUUAGAAGACAUGUAUAUGGAGGAUACAAAAUUAAUCAACGAAUUUUUUCUUGGAUGGAAGCAACUAAGAGAGGCUUUAAUCCUACUUAAGGUAUGGGCUCGACAGAGAAGUUCAAUAUAUGUUCAUGAUUGCCUGAAUGGAUUUUUGCUAUCCGUCAUACUGGCACACCUUGCUUCUAGGCAACAAAUUAGUAGGUCAAUGAAGGCAAUUGAAAUAAUUCGCAUUACCUUGAACUUCAUUGCCACUUCAGAGACAUGGAGUCGAGGUCUCUACUUUCCAAAGGAAGGCGAAGGAAAUAUUACUAAAGAGGACAGAAUGCAACUUAAAGGGUCAUUUCCAGUUGUCAUGUGUCAUCCAUCGGGGGCAUUCAAUUUGGCUUUUCGAAUGUCUAGGAUUGGUUUUUCUCAGCUUCAAGACGAGGCUGCUUUGACACUUAAAUGCAUGGAGAAGUGUAGAGGUGGUGGAUUUGAGGAAGUUUUUAUGACCAAGAUUGACUAUGCUGUUAAAUAUGAUUAUUGUAUGAGAAUAAACUUUAAGGGAAACAAGGAGCUAUAUGCAUCAGGGUUUUGUAUGGAUGAUGAAUGCUGGAGAUUGUACGAGGAGAAAAUACAUGCUAUUUUAGCUAAAGGAUUGAAUGAUAGAGCAAAAUUUAUUCGAGUAAUAUGGAGAAAUGCACAAUGCCAGUGGAGCGUGAAUGAUGGCUUGUCAAUUCUUGAUAAAGAGCCCUUGUUCAUAGGAAUUUCAGUCAGUGAUUUGGAGAAAGCAUUUAGGAUGGUUGAUAUUGGUCCGAAUGCUGAAAGUAAAGAACAGGCUCUUGAAUUUCGGAAGUUUUGGGGAGAAAAAUCCGAGCUUAGAAGAUUUAAAGACAGUAGAAUUGCAGAAAGCACAGUAUGGGAAUGUCAGAAAUGGGAAAGGCAUCUGAUUUUGAAAAAUAUAGCCGAGCAUGUGCUUAGUCGGCAUCUAUCUCUAUCCAAGGAAAAUAUUGUAGUAGUUGUGGAUCAACUUGAUUUCUCUUUGGCUCAUGGUGCUGUAGAUCCGAUAGCACACUCUGGAAAUUUGCUCGAGGCAUUUGAUCUUCUAUCAAAGCGUUUGCGUCUUAUUGAAGGCCUCCCUUUGAAGGUGUCUAGUGUACAGCCUUUAGACUCUGCAUUCAGGUUUACAUCAGUCUUCCCUCCUGAACCUCAUCUUCUAGCUAAUGAAAAAAUUGGAUCUCUCAGACUGAAUAAGUUGGUUCCAUCAUGCAUUCAACCACUAGAAAUUAUGAUUCAGCUGGAAGGUUCGGGGCACUGGCCAAUGGAUGAAAUUGCAAUUGAAAAAACAAAAUCUAGUUACCUUAUUCAAAUAGGAAAAAGUCUUCAAAAGAAGUGGGGGAUGACAUGCACUGCAACUGAGGAAGAUGUGGAUGUGUUAAUGUCAGGAUAUGCAUUUCGUCUUAAAAUUUUGCAUGAGAGGGCCCUUAGUUUACUCAAAGAAAUUGGGAAUGAUAAAAAAACGCGGGUACAUUCGGCAGACAAGAAACUUUUGAUUCGUGGUCAACAUGCUAGCAUGAUUAAUGGACUACAAAGUCGUUACCCAAUAUAUGGACCAAUAGUUAGACUAGCAAAACGUUGGGCUGCUUCACAUCUAUUUUCUGCUUGUUUGGUAGAGGAGGCCAUUGAGCUUUUGGUUGCUUAUCUCUUUCUUAAUCCUUUGCCAUUUAAUGCUCCCUGCUCGCGGAUCACCGGGUUUAUGAGGUUCCUGCAGUUGCUCUCAAACUAUGAUUGGACUUAUUCUCCUUUGGUUGUUGACAUAAAUAAUGACUUGAGCCCGAGUGAUAGAAAAGAAAUAAAUGAUAACUUUUUGCUAAGAAGAAAAAGUCAGGGAGAGAAUGAGCAAGCUGUAGGGCCAGUGAUGUUCUUGGCUACAGUUUAUGAUAAAGCAUCUGAGGCUUGGACUGGAUUAUCACCUAGUGCACUGGAACUUAAAAGGUUAGUUGCAUAUGCUCGAAGCAGUGCAAAUUUGUUGAUGAAACUCACAUUUCAGGAGGAAAUUGGUCCAUACAGAUGGGAGUGCCUUUUGCGAACUCCUUUAAAUAACUAUGAUGCAAUCAUUCUUCUCCACAAGGACAAACUCGCAUAUCCUCAGAGGCUUCUCUUCUCAUCAGAAGUUGGUCACGGAACACAAGUUGCUAAAGGACAUGCUGGUAAGUUCUUCCAACCCUUUUUGUUGCCUAAAGAUUUGAAGGGUAGGCGGCCUGAGGAACUUAAAAAUAAGUUGCUGGUAGACUUUGAUCCAUCAAGGUGCUUUAUCAAAGAUUUAGAGAAAGAGUUUUCCACCAAAUUCCAAUUAUGGCGUGAUUCUUUAGGAGGCGAUGCCAUCGGCCUGACGUGGGAGAAAUCGUAUCCUUCCAAGAAGCGGAAACAAGAGGAAGUGGUCGAGGAAGGAUACGACCCUCGGAAGGUGCUAAAAGCUGUAGGUGAAGUUGGAAAAGGGUUUGUGAGAAGUAUAUACUUUCUCAAGCCACCAAGGCUCGCAAAUUAAAGUCGAUUAUGUAUUAAUGAGAAAAUUUUGCCUCUAGUCAAUUUUAUCAAUUAGAAAAGAAAUUUUGUCAGCGCAAAGAACACAAUUGAUUGUAGUAGGAUCGAUCCGGUAGAGCACAAGAGUUUGUGUAAAUUGGUGUACUUGUAUUUUCCUCUCCCACCUUCAGAGUUCGGCAGCCCAGAAAAAAUGAAGAGUUCCAGAUUCUUAUAUAUUGUAAAGAAGCUGGUGUAGCGUGGCUUAAAUUAUGUUUUACGAAUUUUUCAGACUCUAAUAGGGGAUAUUUUUUAAUUUAUUUUUUAAUUAUCGAUGAAAAGUAAAAUGCUUAAA